CUGUUCGUCUUUACCGCUCGGUUCGCUCGGUGACGUCUCUCACCGGUAAAAUCCACCGACGAGUCGACGGGACUGACCGCUUCUCCUCUCUCUGCUUCGCCGUAUCUCAGAGCGGCAUCACAGCAUCACGGAGCCCGACUCUCUGCCUCUCCUGCCCGGCCUGACGGGCCGCGACGAGCCGCUGACAGCAAGGACACGGAGCGGGUCCCGCUUCUCCUCAGCAUGAUGGAUGUAACUCCGGUACCGACUCACGGACAAGGAGCCCGGUGGACUCGGCGGAGGGGCAGCGGGGACUUGUGAACAUCCUCCCGGUGUGAGGAUCUGUCGCACCGACUUGUUUUCUCCUGAAUUUGAAUCUUUUUCCUACAAUGUCACCAUCAAGGAGACGCGGCUGAGGCACCGGCUCUUCCUCUCGGGUCUCCGCUGACCGUCAUCCUCCUCAGCUGGUCUCUGACGGUUUUAGCUAACGUUAGCUCCGGUAUGAGCAGAACCGGACCUCCCUGUCACAUCUGACCGGGGAUCGGGGGGUGGUGGCGGGGUGCCGGCGGGGACACAGUUGGAUUUGUGGAUGAGAACCGGUCACCGGGCCGGAUUCCGUGCGGAGGGACGCCGGCCGGAGCGGAGGUGGAGGAGGGAGGAGCAGCAGCGGCGGCAGCAGCAGCUGCGGGGAACCGAUCUGACAACCUCAUCCCCGGGGGGAGAGACGCAGCGAGGCGGCCAGAGGAGGAUGUGAAGAUGGGUUUAGUUUUCGGUCUCCUGUGGCUGUUUACCGGCUUCCUGCAGGGCGUGCACGGCCAGGGCGUGUACGCGCCCCCUACAGUGCGCAUCGUGCACUCAGGUCAGGCCUGUAACGUGGAGGAGGAGCGCUACAGUGAGCGAGUUUACACCAUCAGAGAGGGAGAGACUCUGGAGCUGCAGUGUCUGGUGACGGGACACCCACGACCACAGAUUCGCUGGACGAAGACGGCGGGCGGAGCUUCUGACCGUCAGGGCGACUCAUCGCUGCACAACGAUACUCUGAAGAUCACAAACAUCAGCCGCCACCAGGGGGGGCGCUACUACUGCAAGGCUGAGAACGGACUGGGAUCCCCCGCCAUCCGGUCCAUACGAGUUGACGUCUACUACCUGGACGACCCUGUGAUCACGGUGCACCAGAGUGUUGGUGAAUCGAAGGAGCAGUUCUACUUUGAGAGGACGGUGUUUCUCCGCUGUGUCGCUAACUCUAACCCACCUGUCCACUACACCUGGAGGAGGGGCAGGGAGGCGCUGACGCAGGGUUCCGACUCCGGGGUGGAGAUCUACGAACCCUUUUUCACACAGGGUGAGACGAAGAUCUUGAAGCUGAAGAACCUUCGUCCUCAGGAUUACGCCAGCUACACCUGCAUCGCCUCCGUCAGGAACGUUUGCGGCAUUGGAGACAAGAGUGCCCACUUUGGUCUCAACAACAGAACAGCUCCUCCUGCCAUUAAGCUCCUCCUGGACGACCCCCUGGUGGUGAACCCGGGGGAGACAAUCACUCUGGUGUGCGUGGCUUCGGGCGGAGAUCCUCCUCCCUCCCUGAUGUGGAUGAGGCCAGGAGGGGAGGAGCUCCCGAAGAGAAGUGUCGUCAACGCCGGCACGCUGACCGUCCCCGCUGUCACUGUAGAUGACGGUGGCGCCUACAGCUGCGUGGCAUCCAACAACGUGGGGAACCCCGCCAAGAAAUCCACCACCAUACUGGUCAGAGGUCUUCGUAAAGGUCGUUUCUGGAUCACGCCCGACCCGUACCACAACGACGACAACAUCCAAAUCGGCCGGGAGGUGAAGAUCAGCUGCCAGGUGGAGGCCACGCCGCCCGAGGAGCUGCAGUUCAGUUGGCUGAAGAACGGCCGGCCGCUGAGGAGUUCUGAGCGGAUGGUCAUCACCCACACAGACACCGACGUCACGCCAGGGACCACCAACCUCGACAUCAUCGACCUCAAGUUCACCGACUUCGGCACCUACACCUGUGUGGCGUCGCUGAGGAACGGAGGAACCCCCGAGAUCAGCAUUGAUGUCAACAUCUCAUCCACCACAGUUCCUCCAGAGCUGACCGUCCCCAGAGGGCGUUCUCACCUCAUCGCUCAGGAGGGCGACACCGUGGACCUGCAGUGUCUGGUCUCAGGGAAACCCAAGCCCAUCAUCCUGUGGUCCCGGGUGGAGGAGCCCGGGGCAGCGGCCGCAGCGGUGGCGGCGGUGAUUCUGAUGCCGGACGGUUCAGAGCAGACGGAGAGCUACGAUGGCGUCCUGAGGAUCACCAACGUGACGAGAGAGAUGAGCGGGACGUACUGCUGCCGGACGAGCCAGUACAACGGCUUCAACGUGAAACCCAGAGAGGCUCUGAUACAGCUGGUGGUGCAGUUCCCCCCCGUCGUGGAGCCGGUGUACACAGAGAUCCGUCAGGCUCUCGGCCGGGCGUUCAGCCUCACCUGCCGCCUGCUGCGAGCUCACCCGGCGCGCCUCCUGCGGUACGAGUGGAAGCUCGGCUCCCGCCUCCUCACGGUCGGACAGUUCAGCGACCAGCGUGAUGACACCAGCUACCUGGUUAGAGCUUUGAACAGGGAGGGCUACGGCGAGUACACCUGUGACAUCACCAACGAGGCCGGGGCGGGGCGCUGCACCUUCCUGGUUACAGGUGAGAAGGCCUAUGCUCCGGAGUUUUACUACGACACCUACAGCGCUCUGUGGCAGAACAGACCCCGAGUCUAUGGCUUCAAGCUGCAGUGGACACAGAUGGAGCCCAACGCCGUGGACCGAAUCCUGGCCUACAGACUCGGUAUCAGACAGAUGGGUCAGUCUCGCUGGUGGGAGCAGGAGAUUCCCAUGGAGGGAAACAUCCAGAAGGGGGAGCUGUUGACCUACAACCUAACCGAACUCAUCAAACCUGAGUCCUACCUGGUCCGCCUCACCCUCACCCGCUACGGAGAGGGCGACGCAACUGAACGCAUCAUCACGUACAGCGCUCCUGUUAAUCCACAUCUCAGGGAGUUCCAGUGUGGCUUCGAGGACGAGGCGUUGUGUUUGUUCUCUCAGGACAAAACAGACGAGUUUGAUUGGACACGUCACAGUGCCGCCACACGAGACACCAAAUAUACCCCGAACACCGGACCGAGCUCCGACCACACCGGCUCCAAGCAGGGUUUCUACAUGUACAUCGAGACGUCAAGGCCAAGGCUGGAGGGAGACAAGGCUCGGCUGCUGACUCCCACCUUCAACAUGAACUCCAAGACCUCCUCGUCCACGUCCGCCGUCACCAACAACCCCACCUACUGCUUCGCCUUCUACUACCACAUGUACGGCAAACACAUCGGAGCUCUGAACGUCUUUCUGCGUCAGAAAGGUCAGACGGUGACGGACACCUCUGUCUGGAGUCUGAGCGGUAACCAAGGGGACCGGUGGCGGCAAGCCAAGGUCAACAUCCACCCAACCGCAGCCUUCCAGAUGGUGAUGGAGGGGGUCCGAGGCGCCGGUAUCGAGGGAGAUAUCGCCAUUGAUGAUGUCACCAUUGAGGAGGGCGAAUGUAAAGAUCCUCCCCCCAACAAUCUAAGGUCGCUCGCCCCGCCCUCUUCGCCACAUAUAUGGCAGCUGUGCGUCACUCUGAGUCUGGCUCUGAUUGGCCAGCAGAGGUGACCCCCCCUCUCUACAGGACGUCACUACCUUUGACUUUUCUACAUCCCUCACCUCCCCAUCCAAUCCCAUCAUCCCCCUCCAUUAACCCCCCCCCCCCAACUACCAAAGAUGUGGUCAGAGCUACAGAGGGACUUCCUGCCAAGAUGGCUGACACAGACGGUCAAGAGAUCACCUGGAGAAGUGAGGACUUAAAGGGCCAGUCCAACAUUUUAGUGAACCUGCUCUCUGUCAGAUAUCAGUUUCAUCUGAGCCCAGUACAGAGAUGGUUUAGCAUCAGGCUUAAUACUAACAUCCUGACUACAGACACUAAACACGUUCAUCUGAACACUUAGCUCUCACACAGACAAAAAAAUAAAGUUAAUCUCCAAAAUGUUAAACUAUUAACUAUGAAUUCAGUAAUUUGAAAAGUUCAAGUUGACAUAAAUUUGAUCAUUUUGUUGUUAAAAUUCAUAGUGGCAUGGUUAAAUCAUCAUGGUGACACAAUUUAUCAUUUUGACUUUGAACGUUGGUGUUUUGUGCUAACUUUGUGCUAAGCUAACAACAUCUUGACUCCAGACGCUUAUUAUAUCUAUCGUAACGUUAAAAAAGGUUAUAUUUUGUUUGACUUCCUGUCAUAAUUCUGACUUCUUAUCUCAUAAUUUUGGCUUAAUUUUGACUCAGAAAGUCGUAGUUUUAUGCUAACUUUGUGCUUAGCUAACAAAGUCCUGGCUCCAGACGCUUAUUAUAUCCAUCUUUACAUUAUCAAAAGUUAUGUUUUUGACUUUCUUUCAUAAUUUGGACUUCUUAUCUCAUAUUUUGGCUUACUUUUUCGUCAUUUUGACUCAGAAAGUCAUAGUUUUAUGCUAACUUUGUGCUAAGCUAACAACAUCCUGAUUCCACACACUUUUUAUAUAUAUCUUAACAUUAAAAAAAGUAAUAUUUUUGACUUCCUCUCAUAAUUUGGAAUUCUUAUUUCAUAGUUUUGGCUUAAUUUUGACUCAGAAAGUCGUAGUUUUAUGCUAACUUUGUGCUAAGGUAACAACAUCCUGAUUCCAGACGCUUAUCAUAUCUAUCUUAACAUUAAAAAAGGUUAUAUUUUUGAAGUUCUUCAUAAUUCUGACCUCUUAUCUCAUAAUUUUGGUUAUUUUUUCCUAAUUUGGAUUUAGAAAGUCGUAGUUUUAUGCUAACUUUGUGCUAAGGUAACAACAUCCUGAUUCCAGACGCUUAUCAUAUCUAUCUUAACAUUAAAAAAGGUUAUAUUUUUGAAGUUCUUCAUAAUUCUGACCUCUUAUCUCAUAAUUUUGGUUAUUUUUUCCUAAUUUGGAUUUAGAAAGUCGUAGUUUUAUGCUAACUUUGUGCUAAGCUAACAACAUCUUGACUCCAGAUGCUUAUUACAUCCAUUUUUAACAUAAAAAAAAGUUAGAUUUUUGACUUCCUUUUAUAAUUUGGACUUCUUAUCUCAUAAUUUUGGCUUAAUUUUGACUGGGAAAGUCAUAGUUUUAUGCUUACUUUGUGCUUAGCUAACAACAUCCUGAUUCCAGAUACUAAACAUCCAUCUGAACAUCUCACUGUCACACAGAGGAUUACGUUACCCAUCAAAAUAUUUAAACUAUUAACCUUAAAUUCAGUCAUUUGAAAAACUAAUAUAAGAAAGUUGACAUAAAUUUGACUUUCUUUCAUAACUUUGAUUUUUAAGUCAUAAUUUUGGCAUGG